AUGAAUGCGUGGCUAACGGACGCCUCUAAUAUCCCCAACCAUGACAAUGGGACGUUCAAUGGGACGAUCGAUCCAUCCAUGGCUUUCCUCCAGCCAUCGCAGGCUCCCCAGGACCCUACCCAAUUCCAGCGCAUGUUUCAAAACGGAGUCCCUCGCAAUGUCUCACCCAGCUUCCACAACCCUAACCAGGUGAUACCGUCAAAACGACCGAGGCCCGAAGAUGGAAUAUCCAUGUCACCAAGACAAGCGCCAGGUGGAUUACCGGUGUCGCGUUCACAGACACCUCAAGUUCCCUAUCCAGGAUAUCAAGGGCCGGCAAAUGGAAACCCUCAGUUUGCGCAACCGAGCCCUUAUCAACAUCUGCAUCAGCAACAACAACGAGGCCCUCUAAACCCAUCACAAUCUCCCGGCCUGCAAGAUUUCGAUCAACACGGUGUUCAAAAGAUGCACACGUCGUCCCCGAGUCCUUUUUCUCCCGCAGGUCCUGUAGCAAACCAGAUCUCCACACCCCAGUCUGACCACGGAAGCCGAGUCAACACACCCCAAAACAAUACUUUCAUGCCAGGACAGGCUUUCCCUCAAGGAAUAACGCCUCAAUUUGCUCAACAAGCUGCUAUGACUUCGGGCGCGACCUCGGCUUCUAUGCAAGCUCAACUGGGAAACAUGCCGCAGGGCUUCUCACCUCAGGCUAUGGCUGCGCAGCAGCAACGGCUAUAUCAGAUGCAAUUACAGAAUCAAGCUCGCCAGAUGCAGGUCAAUAACCCUGCGAUGGUAGGCCGCCCGGCUGGUGCAAUGAACCCUAUGGUAAAUCCUCAAAUGGCGGCUUUGCGCCAGAUGCAGCACAAUAUGUCCCAGCCAAACAUUUCUAAGGCAAAUAGCCCCGAAUUAUUCCUGAAGACAUUACAGAAGUUCAUGAUGAAUCGCAACCUGCCUCUGGAUCUGAAUCCCGUUGUUAGCGGUCGCCCUAUCCAUCUGAUGCCACUGUAUGGCACUGUGAUGAAAAUGGGUGGUUCCAAGAAGAUAUCUGCGACCAACAUGUGGCCCACAAUCGCUCAAGCGUUACAGUUUCCAGUCCAGCAAUAUCCUAAUGCUGCUGCGGAAAUUCGAGAAAUAUAUGCCAAAAAUCUUGCGCCUUAUGAACAUGCUAUCCUCGUGAGUACUCAUCAGCAAAAGCAAAUGGAUAGCAUGCAACAAAAUGCCCUUCAGCGCCAGUCUGCAGACCCCAAUUUAAUGCAGUUCCAGCAAUCCCCCGUUAAAGCAGUCCCGGAAUUCGAUGCACAAGGCUCUCAGCAAUUUAUUCCGUCACCUCAGGUUACUGCAACAAUGUCAAGCAGUAUGUCGGCAGCUGCAACAAAUGGCCUCGCGAACGCUCAACAACCUCGACAGCCUAAGCAACCGCCACAACAGCCUCAACUCCCGCAUGGUCAAAGCGGUCAACGAACGGUCGGUCAGCGACAAGCGCAGGUUCCCGCUUCCCUAGCCGACUCAUCUUUACAGUCGCAAGUUGCACCACAACCUGGGGCCUCUGCCAAACCAGCUGCCUCCACGGGUAAACUCGCACCUGAUUCUACCCCUAACAAGCCCAUCAAGCAUCAUAUCGACGAAACUUUCAAAGCAACUGUUCUUCCAGACAACCAUAAGCAUGGACCUGUGGUAAUAGAUGAAAUCUAUCAACUCGGCGAAGAGAUUGCAAGGCUUAAACCCAACGUACCUUCAUUCCCCGAGUUAGGAGUGAUUGAUAUCCAUGCUUUAACAAUGAGCAUAAAGUCGGGAAUACAUGCUGAAGUUCGGCUGGCUUUGGAUACACUGAUGACAUUAUCUUCCGAACCUGCGGUGCUCUCUCUGGAUAAUUGCGAUGAUCUUGUGGAAUCGCUCGUUGAUUGUGCAGAAGAACAGCUCGACCUGCUCGCGGAGAAUGCAGCUGAAGUCUCCGAUGACAUGUUGUUGCCGUCUUACGAAGAGGUGAUACGUGGAUGUCACGUAGAGAUGGCCUCACUCUUGGACGUCCCUGAAUUCGGCAGCUUGGGCUAUGAACUUGACCGGGCAGCUGACAGAGUGCUCUGUAUCACUGCCAUAAUCAGAAACUUCUCGUUCUCGGAAUUAAAUUUCGGGAUACUAGGAAGCGCUCCAGUUAUCACGAUGUUCUCUACAAUCAUCCGAUAUCUCGGCACCCGCAACAUGCUAUUACGGACCAACCAAAAUAUUUUGGACUUCAUGAAAGACGCCGUCACGUAUUUAAGUAAUAUUGCUCAAACCGUGAACCUGCCAGGCAAGGAAGAGGCAUUUUGCUUACUUCACUUCCUCUUAUCCUUUUCUCCGUUACCGACUCCUGUUCUCGGCUCUGAAGGUGUCACAUUCACCCAAUAUGUCCCCAGCAUCCAUAAAUAUACACCAGCAGCAACUGACAGUCUGGCCAAGCUUCUUGCUCGUGAUGAACCGAACCGCAUGUACUUCAAGACGAUAUUUCAGGAGUCUCAAUGUUCCCCCCAGAAUGAGUUGCUGACUCGUGCAUUUGGUAUGGCUAUAUGUGCUGUUCCUGACCAACCACGGAAAUCUUUGGCAUUUUCGGAUUCUCGAAAAGUCUUUCUCAUGCAAGGUCUAUUGGCGGCCGAGAUACUCACUGGCCUGGCUGAUGGGAUAACAGCUCGAACUUGGCUCCAGUCAACGGACGGCACAGACCGCAUUGCCAUGGCGCCAACUCCUCGUCACCCGCAAGCCCGAGGUCAGCCAGACUCGGAAAGCAAUCCGUUUGUAUCCAUAGUUAACCGAGGCUUGAGCAUCCUUCGAAAGCUAGCUGAAAGGUCUAAGCAGGAAGACUCUAUAUCUGAACAACCAUUCCCGCUCUGCGUGUUACCCAAGCGAGAAAGUCUUUUAGGUGCAAUGUUGACACCACAUUUGGAUGCAGCGAUUGUGAAGCAGUUAAUUGCAUAUGCGGGUCUGGGGAAUUGA